GUCGCUUUCACCGGAUGUUACAUGGCUCUGGUUAGUCUCACGUUUGGUGCCUGGAGCUGAUAAGUGGAAAUGCGAAACAACAAAAGGUCUUGGAUUUUACUUCAUUGAUUUCCGUUUCCGUUCCUAAAAAACCACACAAUCCUUUCACCAACACAUAUUCCCUGAUCAACAACCCAGGCAUUUCCUCCAUACAUGUGCCGAUAACUCCUGCAUCAGCAUGCGAGUUACCAACCAAGGUCGCAAGGACAAUGACAUCGAAACAGCCCAUCAAGUUCGAUGACCUCCCGCCUGAGAUUCGUCAUCAGAUAUACACUCAUUUGUUCUGCCACAAACCCUCACCCAUCCCAUUGGGCCCAGGCAUUCUCGAACCUAGAUUCGGCUUACCAGGGAAGGACGACGCAAGAGACGAGCAGCCGACCUUCUAUACCGCCCUCUUCCGUGUGAACAGAAGGAUUUCUCGCGAUGCCCUGCGCUUCGCGUAUAGCGUGAACAGUUUUCAACUCACCGCCGAUCUGAGCUGCUUCUUCCGCCUAAGUCAAACGGCACUGGCAUCUAUCAAGACACUCACUGUCUUCAACAACUGUUGGAUAGAAGGCAGGCCUUCGACCAAGGUCUGGGACAUCCUCAAUCAGAAAUGCUCCAGCCUGGAAACGUUGGCUGUCCAGCCAUCCUCGCAUCUCUUAUGGCAAGCACUUCCUCACCUCAAGGAGUACGCCGCGUCGUUGGAACAAGGCCGCCCAAGACCGAGGCUUGUCGUUGACGUGUACGUCUGGGAACGACACUUCUCGUUCGAUACCGCGGAGCACGAAUAUCAGAGAGCGCUGCAGGAAUUAAAUGGCGCGACCGGAGCCGGUGGCACACGAGGCUUCGUGAGCCCUGUGGAGAUGGCGAUGCGGUUGCCCAGACAUGUAAAGCAGAUCGAUUUCGUCCUCGACGUGAACGCUGGCGGCGUCCAAGCCCUGACCGAAUUUCUGCAGAUCUCUCCUGAUCUGCCUUUGGUCAAGGUGGUUGAGCCGUUGCCAUGCAAGAACUAUCGAGUGGGCUCUCGAAUCCGGCACUGUUAUGUUUGGCUUGAUUGAUACACAUAGCCGGAGUCAUGUCACCAACUUUUGCGCUCAUCGUGUGCUCGUGGCUGGGGUCGUUGAAAUUGAAGACGUUCAACGGGCCUACCUUGAGCAUCGACCGUGGCACGUUCAAUGUUGAUUAGCUGGGACGGCAACCUCACACACUACACCGGUCGUUUCUGCGUCGACGGAACA